GUGGAAAAAUGAUUGUCUUCACGAUGAUGGUGCCGUUUAUGACGCCGUUGGCCUGGGCUUGGAUGGAUUCGAGAAGAGCAAAAAGUCAAAGAUGACGCUGGCGACUGAAGGAAACCAAUCCGAACGCACCGUUAUUUGUCACUGGCAUUCCAUCCAUCCACAAGCCGACGUUCACGAUGGCGUCUCUAGAGCAGCUUCAGAUGCUAGACGACGACGAAACCACGACCUCUAGCAGCGACAGCAGUAGCGACGGCACCACCGACGAUGUUGCCAAUUCUCUCACGGCGAGCAACGACGACGACACGGACGACAAGAGCACCGUCGACGAAGAUGGUGGCGACGAUUCUCGAAAACGGGCCGCAUCUGCAACUGAUGGCAAGGGCCACCAAAAGAAGAGGAUAAAGCUUUCUCUCGGAGGGUCGUUCAAGGCGAUGGCAUCCUCAGCAGGGCAAGAACGACAAGACAAAGCUGUUUCGUUGGAGGAAAAACCCGCUAAUGCUUCCGCGGGAAAGGAGACUGGUAGUCAAAGCAUCGGGGAUUCAAACUCGGAAACGAAAGCAAAACCCGAAACAGAUCUGUCCCCCCGAAAGAAGAUUGUCUCGUCUGAAGCCGGAGCAGAAGGUUCUUCUUCUCGGAAAGAGUCACCCCAAAAGGCUGACUCCGGGAAGAAAAAUCCAAGGAUUCUUCCCGCCUCCAAGCCAAAGACGAAAUUGAAACCAAAAGAGACCUCAACAUCUGUUGCUUCUGACGGCAAGAACAACACCAACCAGACAAAAGGUGCGCAGCAGCAACAGAAACAAGCACCGCCGGUUACUCCUUCUUUGGCUAUUUCCAAGGCAAGCAGCAGCCCCUCCCAUAACAAGAAACGCAGCUCCAUGCGCAGCAUCCGAAUUACUCCGAUGUCUUCGCCGGGUUUGUUGCUUCCCCCGGGAACCAGCGCCCGGGUACAAAACUCCGGCAGCGCGAGCGACUCGACCUCAAUGGUAUCACCGAACCAAGUCUUUGCCCAGACGAUGGCCGCCGCUGGAUACACGGCGGAGACCAGGGCCGAGUUUCCGCACCGAGGAUCCAGCGUUGAACGCACCGUGGGCGACAUGUUUGACAGCGACGUAAAAAUUUGCCUGCACUUUCCGAAACUGGUACCGGGGGAUUUGUUUCUCCUACCGGCCGUACCGGGAGGGGUCCCAAGUGCUGGCGGAGACGCAACCAAACCAACACCUAUGGAUGGCGACGAAACAAAGCCUCCGUCAGCUGCAGAUCCCAACCCAGACUCCAAAGCAACCGACGAAGUUGUUGCAAAAGAAAUGAAGCUCAAGGCAAUGGAAAAACUAUCCGAACGCCUCAUAAAAGCCUUUCAGAAAAACAACAACGGUGAAAGUUCUUUGUCAACGGCUUCUUCGGAAAACAAUACUGGCAGUACCCGCAACCAUAGAAAGACGAUUCCGCAAUACUCAGACAUGGCUCCGUUAUCUCUCMCCCUGCCGUAUCCGAAGGAAUACACCCAAAAACGAUUGGAAUACAUUGCAAAAGUCAACGAGCGAGAAAGGGCAAUUGUUCUUCGUCAGGAAGAAAAAGAAUCUACUGACGUUACUCCCGAAGGAACUAUUCAAACCAGCACCGAUUCGGUUCCUCCCAUUCCAUCGCUUCCACAGAUUCCUGAACCAAGCGACCUGCGAGCAAUCACGCACAACGAAGAAAUGUUUGGUUCGAAGGGUCAACAGGAACAAAACCACCCGUUUUAUCUUCCCGAAAAUAAUCGAUUGGUGGAUCAUCUCGACCGGAGAUGCUUUCACGCAAUGAGCGGUCGCUAUUUCGGACUGAGCAGCAACACCAUUGCCGAUCCAUACUUUUACGGUCCCAGCGCACCCGGAAUCGGGGGACUCAACCUCUCGGCCACCACCGGUCUCGCGAUCGCGAGCUCGGGAGGGGGCGGUGGAUCUGUCGGGGUACCCCUCCUCGCGACACCGAGCCAGUCGUCGUCGUCGGCUCCGUCUUCGUCGGCGUCGGUGGUAGCAGCAAACAUUUCCAAGACCCUAGCGAGCCAAUCGUCAACGACAUCGAAGAUUGCGUCCGUCAAACCCAAAACGAUCGAAAAGCCAACACAGAAAGCAAAACCGUCUUCCACACCGCCCCAAGCGUCGGCAGCAGUUUCGACAAAAUAGGAAGUUCGGAAAGUUCCGCCAGACAAUCGCCGGUGGGAGGAGACUUACUUGUCUCCUACGAAACGGCGUUCUAUCGGAAGAAAAUCUGCUUCACCUG